AUGCAUGAAGAGAAAACGAUACGAGUUAACUCUCUCUUGUUCCUUUCUGAGGUGUGUGCUCUUCUCUCUAGAGGAGUUUACGCAGAGAAAGUCUCUGUACCUGCUGGUCAUCAAGGCGACGUUUGGCAGAUGGAAUGGGACAUGAGUGGCAUGACUUUAGCUAGCAUUGGAAGCGGUGGGAUGGUCAAAUUGUGGCAGUCUAACUUAAAUGUUUGCUUCUGUUUGCUUCAAUCUCAUCUUAGUUUUCUUUUGAUUGAUCUCCAGUGGUGGUACAACUUCGCCUCCCACACUAAUUGGCCGGUGGAAGCUUUUGCUGAAGCCAAGCCCUGUAAAGGAGCUGCACUGAAUUCGGGUGAUGUUGCACCGAUCAGUGAAUGA